CUAACACACGCGUUGUUUUAUAAUGUCACCAAACUCAUACUUUAAACACAAUCUGGUUUAUGUUCGGUUCCUUAAAUGUGUUCAAAUAAAAGCGCUGCGUGCAUCUUGGGCAUCAGUGUGGCUUCUCACCUUCCUGGUGAUGUGAUUUGGCUUCAGAAGGUGGAGCCAACCCCAUGUGUCAUAUCAGCGAGAAACUGCCGAGAGCGGAGCGCAGAGCAACAAGUCGACUAGCAAUCAGAAAGUUUGACUGAAAACAUUCUCAACAUUUCCAAACGAUUUAACAAUCUCGUGGGUUUUAUUUAAUUUUAAAAGGUACAAGUCAUGGAGCUAAUUUCAUAGAAGUGACUCAAGGACACGAAGCCAAUCUGGAAAGGAGAAGAUGGACAUUGUGCAGGUGUUGGGCAUAUACUUGCUCUGGGUUCUGCGUGGUGUUGCCUCUCAGUCAGUGUGUGCAGGCACGGAAAACAAGCUGAGUUCACUCUCUGGCCAAGAACAGCAGUACCAGCAGCUGCUGAAGAUGUACACCGACUGUGAGAUAGUGAUGGGAAACUUGGAGAUCACUAACAUUUUUGCCAAUCGAAACCUCACCUUCCUCAAGUCAAUCCGGGAGGUCACUGGUUACCUGCUUGUGGCUCUGAAUCAAUUUGAAUACCUUCCUCUGGAAAACCUGCGAAUUAUCCGUGGUACGACGCUCUACGAUGGCAAGUAUGCACUGUCGUUGAUCCUCAACUACAGGAAAGAUGGAGUUCAUGGGCUGAAGCAGCUUGGUUUUAAACACCUGACAGAGAUUCUGGUGGGAGGUGUAUACCUAGAAUCCAACAAGUUUCUGUGCCACACAGAGUCCAUCGAUUGGGCUGACAUCCUGCAAAACCCAAAUGAGAGAAUGGACUUCAAUGAGACAAAGGAUGCUGCCAAAGGCUGCUCCCAGUGCCAUGCAUCCUGUAAAGGACAUUGUUGGGGCCCUGGCGAGGCUGACUGUCAGAACUUGACUAAAUCAGUGUGUGCUCCUCAGUGUAAUGGCCGAUGCUUUGGACAACACAACCCCAGCAAGUGUUGCCACGGCGAGUGUGCUGGUGGGUGCUCUGGCCCCAAAGAUACCAACUGCUUUGCGUGCAAAUGGUUCAAUGACAGCAACGCGUGUGUUCCAGUCUGUCCGCAACCAUUAAUUUAUAACAAGCAGUCCUAUCAGCUUGAGCGCAACCCAGACACCAAGUACAUGUAUGGAGCUUUCUGCGUGAAGAGCUGCCCUGCGAACUUCAUUGUGGACCAGAGCUCAUGUGUCCGUGCCUGCCCCAGUGACAAAAUGGAAGUUGAGAAAAAUGGAGUAAAGAUGUGUGAACCAUGUGAUGGCCUGUGCCCAAAAGCAUGCAAAGGGACUGGGACUGGGACUGGAGCUGGCAAUCGAUACCAGACUGUGGAUUCAAACAACAUUGACCAGUUCAUUAACUGCACCAAGAUCACCGGCAACCUUGACUUUCUCAUCACUGGUCUCGAAGGGGACCCGUACCACAAAAUUGCACGUCUAGAUCCAGAAAAGCUGAAGAUAUUUCAAACUGUCCAGGAGAUAACAGGUUACUUGAAUAUUCAGUCCUGGCCAGAAAGCCUGAAGAAUUUAAGUGUCUUUUCCAAUCUGACUACUAUUGGAGGAAGGACGCUCUACAUCCGUGGCCUGUCUCUGAUGAUCAUGAAGCUUCCGCACGUGACAUCCCUUGGGUUUCAAUCACUGAUGGAAAUCGGCGCUGGGAGGGUGUAUGUGGCCUUCAAUAAGCAGCUCUGCUACUACAACACGCUGAACUGGACAGUGCUGUACCGUCGGAAGACUCCCGCCCCAUCUCCCAUCAUCAAAGAAAACAAGCAAGGGAGACUGUGCAGGAACGAAAAGAAGGUGUGUGAUCCCCUGUGUUCCUCUGAUGGUUGCUGGGGACCAGGCCCCAGCCAGUGUUUGUCCUGUGCCUUCUAUAGUCGUGGUGGAACCUGUGUGAAAAGCUGCCGAUUCCAGGAAGGAUCCCAGCGAGAGUAUGCUGAUGGCUCCACGUGCAUGCUAUGUCACCCAGAGUGCAGGAAGAUCAAGGGAGGACCCACCUGCAAUGGAACGGGACCUGCUCACUGCUUUCGAUGUGCUCAUUACAAAGAUGGACCCAACUGUGUGCAGAAAUGCCCGGAAGGAAUCCAGGGAGAGAGGGGUCUCAUCUUCAAAUACCCAGACAAGAACAAAGAAUGCAAGUCCUGCCAUGAGAACUGCACACAGGGGUGUAAGGGUCCCACUGGGCUGGAUUGCUCUCGCUAUCCUUGGAUGGCCCCCAUCAAAGCAUUACACAAUAGACAAAUCCCUCAGAUUGUAGCAGCAGUUGUUGGAGGACUGAUGGCUGUGAUGCUUGUGGUGCUGCUGGCUGUCGUUUACUGGAGAAGGCAGAUCAUUCGGAAAAAGAGGGCAAUGCGGCGAUAUCUGGAGACAGAGAUGCUUGAUCCCCUUGAUCCCAGCGCCGACUCACCCAAUCAGGUGAACACACGGAUUCUGAAGGAGACGGAACUGCGGAAAGUUAAGGUGCUGGGGUCUGGAGUAUUCGGAACGGUGUACAAGGGUCUCUGGAUCCCUGAGGGUGAGUCCGUAAAGAUUCCAGUGGCCAUCAAGGUCUUACAGGAGGAGCAUUGCUCUGAGGCUUCAAGGACUGUGAAUGAGGAGAUGUUGAUGGUGGGCAGUCUGGAUCACCAUCAUGUCCUGCGGCUUCUUGGAAUCUGCCCCGGAGCCCCACUCCAGAUAGUCACACAGCUCCUGCCACUUGGCUCUCUCCUUGAGUACCUCCACAAGAACAAGGAUAACAUCCAGUCCCAAAAGCUUCUCAACUGGUGUGUUCAGAUUGCCAAGGGUAUGAGAUACCUGGAGGAGAAGAAGAUGAUUCAUCGGAACCUGGCUGCCAGAAAUGUACUUGUGAAAUCACCUAGUCAUGUUCAGAUCACGGACUUUGGCAUCACCAACCUCUUGGCAUUAGACGAGAAAAAGUAUUUCUUUGAUGAAGUUAAGAUGCCCAUUAAAUGGAUGGCACUAGAGAGCAUCCACUUUAGAAGAUACACCCACCAAAGUGAUGUGUGGAGUUAUGGUGUCACCAUAUGGGAGCUGAUGACAUUUGGUAGUAAACCGUACGAGGGCAUUGCUGUUCGUGAGGUCCCCGGUCUCUUGGAGAAAGGUGAACGUUUGCCACAGCCUCAGAUCUGUACCAUUGAUGUCUACAUGGUGAUGGUGAAAUGUUGGAUGAUCGACGAAGACAGUCGCCCAACAUUCAAAGAACUUGGUGCAGAAUUUUCUCGAAUGGCCCGGGAUCCAGCUCGAUAUUUGGUUAUUGAGGGUGAUGACAGGGCUAACAAUACAUACGUUAGUGACCAAAGGACCCUGCAUGAAUAUGAGGAAGAUCUUGUGGAUUGUGAUGAUCUGGAUGAAGAUUUGAUGGAGACCACACUGGAUAACCCAUCAUCUGGUGUGGUACGGCUGAGGAUUGAAUCAACCAGGAGCAACAGUUUACCGGCUGCGUAUAUGCCAAUGAAUGGCAUUGGUCAAGAUGGCUCUCGGCAGACUGGGAUGAAGAAUGGAGACCUGGGAUCAAAGCGCUCACUGAGGACACGGAAUGAAUCUACGACGCGGACUAUCUCGGAGUCAUCGGAGGGUCGAGGUACAGCAUCCUCAAUUGAUCUGUAUGAAGAGAUAUCUUUGAAUGGAACACUCCAGCUCCGUGGCCACCGCUCGCGAGACAGCAGUGCACGUUUCUCCAAUGGCACAAACAUGAUGAUUUCCCCGUCUGAUGAAGCAGAGGUGGACAUUAAUGGCUAUGUGAUGCCAGAACAAAAAAACACUACUGCUGAGGACCUGAAACCUGCCAACGAUGCAGAUCCCUUAAUCAGUAAAGCCGGUGAUGUGAAUACCACCCAGUCACCUGAGAAUCGGAAGGAAUCGGACUCAAAACCUAGUGAUAACCAGGAAUAUGAGUACAUGAACAAACGAGCCUACCUCAAUGGCUGUGUGAGCAUUGUGCAGAACCCAGAAUACCUGGAUGACAGUACGGUGUUUAUAACUGAGGCUGACAUCCAUGCCUUUGAUAAUCCAGACUACUGGCACAAUAGUCUGCCAGCAAAGUCAGAAAUAAAAAGGACAUAGAGGAUCACCUUCAGGGUUCUAUCUAGAUACCUGGCAACUCAACAACAAGCAAAGGGUUUAUUUUUGAACUUUGGAAGGUGAGGGGAGGGUGGGGAUAGGGUGAGAAUGGGUGACUCUUGAUCUCAGUCAGAAAACUGACAAUCUAACUGGAGGAAAUGACUAGUUUACUAAUGCCUUUGUAUGUGUGUGUCAUCCAAUUUGCGUCAGUCAUGAUAAAUACACACACACGCACAGAAUGUAACACUCCAAUCACCUGCCGUUGAUGUCCAGUACAAAGGAGGGAGGGGUGGUUUAAUGCCGUGCCUUUCCAGCAGAAACUGUUUUAUGCUGUUCCUUCAAAGCAAAAAGCAAGAGGAACCUAGGUCUCUCAAAUGGAAGUAUCCCCUGGUCGUUGAUAAUAACCAGGCAAUGGUACUGUCCCUUGCAGCACAUGCAGUUUUAAUAUUGGACCUGUCAGAUAUUUGGGAAGGAGGCAGACGAGGCAAAACAAAAAAACUGGGUGCAAAAACCAUUGCCUUUUACGGACUACAUCUUUGGACUAUUGAUUCCAAUGGUACAUUGCUUAUUAUACAGCUGGAGAAAUGCCACUGGUCACUGUUAAUGAACAAAGAGAACUUUGUAGCACAAAGGGGUAAUUGCACCAAAUAGUGUACUCGAGUGGGCAGAAUGAAGUAUAAUUUUAUUUCCCAUUCAUAAUAUUUGCUCUUUGAGACACUUGAAGAUUGAGAGGCCUGAAUUAGCAUUGAUUGGCCUGUUAAUCUGGUUCAGUGGUGAAAGGCAACAAUUUGGUUUUCAAGGCAGCUAAAGGAUUGUGAUAAGAGGUUAAUGCCUAGAAAUCGGGCAUCAAUAUUCUUAUUUCUGUAAUUACUUGUGGAAUUGUUUUUUUAAAUAUUUUUUAAAUGCUCUGAUCUGAAAUAUAAUUUCUCAAAACCUUUGAUUACCACCAUCUUACACAAGGUUGUUAAAAGAACUUGGCUGAGGCACAUGUAUGUGGGGGAGAGAAAAACAUCAGUUCUGGGAUGGAGGGAAAUAUAAUCCAUGCUCAAAAAUUAUUGAGGGAAGUGGUAUAGAAAGAAGGAACUCCCCCUUCACCCUAGUCUCCAGUCAUGGCUUUGCUCAACUACCGGUUAGGUUAGUUAGACUAACUACCAGUCAGGCUGAGCCUUUCCAUGAGCCAUGCAAAACUGGGAAGAGCAGUAUGUUUUCAGUCAAGUUACGCAAUCAUUACAAUAAAAUAUUCUGAAAGUAAAGGACACUAAAAGAGAAAGGAGAUGUGGGUCCGUGAAAUCCAGAAGGAAUGAUUCUUUUGCCAGAUUUGCUGAGAGCUUUGGUGCUUUGAGUAUUGAUGAACCAAACAUUAGCCUGACUGCCCACAAAAUAAAUACCUGGAACAUUCAGACAGCACUCUGUGGUAUAUCAUGGGUAGGAAGAAGCUUAAAUCCUUAUCUUCAAUUGCUUACUUUGAUCUGUAAAAUAUGACAAUAGAUUUGGGCAUUUUUUUAUAAGUUGAAGUUCAUGUUUGGAAAAUUGAAUUUGCUCCUUCAGUUAUGUUCUACUUGAGCAGUGUUUCUAAGUAACUCAUUAAGAGAAGCCAUCAUGACAUCAUAUUAUGCAAUGGCUUCACUACCUUCAACUCCCCAUCCCACCACCAAGCAAAUCAUCCUUUAUUGUUGCAACUCAUACCAGGAGGAAGAAUAGUGAGAGAAAUUAUUUGUUUUAUCUGUAUAUAAAUGCCGAGCCAAGAUACUUGAACAUAAUAAUGUGUGAUCAGUACUUUGAUUAAUUAACUCUGAAGAGUACAACAGAUCACAAGGCAUUGCUCCAAGGACCUAUCGUGGGUAUUUGUAGAAUUUUGUGAAUUAGUUGCUAUACUGUAUUUUGUUUUGUAUUUUUGCCUUUUUCAAAUGAAGCAGCAGUGAAGAGUUUAUGAGCCAAAUAAUGUCAGACUCCUUUUGGUGUUACUUGAUGCAGAUUCCCAGAGCAAUUCAGUGAUCAAAUUUAGUACCUAUCUAUUCAUCUUUGAUAUCAUUUUUAUAUGUGUGUAUAUAUAUUUAUCCCUUUUUGUUAAGGCUUAUGGGAUAUGAUUUCCUCUGGUAUACACACUAAUGACCAUUCUUUGUAUGAAAAAGGGGGUUAUUGUUUAUGGACCAACAGCUUAUUCUUUUCUCGCCUUGUGUCUUGCAUACUUUUACCAGCAUGGUUGGAGGUGGGUGAGGAGCAGGGAGAUGGGUGGCAGGAAGGGCUUGUCACAAUGGAAUAAGCACUGAUAAAUCUGGCGUGUGUACUCCACUUGCCAACCCAGGGCUCCUAGUGCUUUGGCUGAGAUCGGCUUAUUCAGAUUUAGCUCUUGUGAUCUUCAUGACAUUUGUGGUUUUAUUCACCAAACUGUUUGAGGAGCAAACAUCUUUUGUUAACCAUUUCUUCUCCCAUUCUCCUGAAAAUGCUCACUGUUGGUUUGGCGAUCAGGUUCACAGGAAUUUGAAGUCGUCAGCACCUUGCUCAAACCUCUUUUUGUUUUUAUGUCUGAGGACAGAUAUAUGUACUGAUGGGGCAACGUAUAUGCAAGUCAUGUGGCCUAGAAAAUCUUUUGCAUAAUGCAACAUUUUUGUGCCCUGCACUGUAUAAAAGUGUGCAAACCCAAAAUGAUACUGUGCAAGCCUCACUCACUGAAGCAGGUCUUGAAUGGAGGGUGAAGGCAUUCUUCAAUUUUAAGCGGCACAGCCGAAGAGCUGCUGUCUCACAUCACCAGAGAGCCGGGUUUGAUUCUGACUUCUGGUAUUGCACAUUCUCCCAGUAACUUGUGUGAGUUUCCCUUGGGUGCUCCGGUUUCCUCCCAC